AUGGACUUGGUAGGUCAGAUCGAUCCUCAUCGACCGUAUCAUGAGAUCGUGCAUUACCUAGAUCGCUUCUUCAUCUUCCUCUUCAUUGCCGCUUCCUACACACCGUGGCUCUCACUGAGGGAAUUCGAAAUGAACAUUGGUCAGGUGACGCUGAAAAUCAUAUGGUCAACAGCUCUCUGUGGAGCUAUCUACCAAUAUCACUGGCGAAAGAAAUACGCCCUUCUCAGUCUGAUUCUAUACUUGACGGUAGCACUAUUGCCAGCAGUGUCCUUGGUUUUCAUGAAAGAUCAUUCGGGAAUAGGUGACAUUCUAUUGGGAGGACUAAUGUAUAUCAUAGGGACUUAUUUCUACACGAUGGAUGGAAAAAUACCACUGGCGCAUGCUAUCUGGCAUUGGUUCGUUACUUUGGCUGUUUUCAUUCACUUCUACGCCGCUGAGCGCCACCUCUUUUCGCACUAA